AUGCGAUUUUUAUGCUGUUGUGAAGUAACAAAGCGAGUAAAUUUUAUAAUUAAUUUAAUCAUAUUAAUUAUACAGUGUUUUUCGUUACAAUUUCAUUUUGCAAAAAGAAUGUCUGGAACGGCAGGAUCUAUUCCAUUGGAAGAAUAUGUCUUGUCUAAAAAAGAUAACAAUAAAUCAAAUUUUUCAAUUGUUAAAUACAUAACAAUAUUAAAUUGGUUGCCAAAGUAUACUCGGUUGGAUGCAAUUUCCGAUUUUGUAGCUGGAUUUUCGUUAGGAUUAACCCUGAUACCUCAAAGUAUCGCAUAUGCUGCACUUGCAGGCUUAACAGCCCAGUAUGGUCUUUAUUCGUGCUUAAUGGGCAAUUUACUCUACCUUUUUUUCGGAACAAUUAAAGAAGUAUCGAUUGGUCCUUCAUCUUUGAUGUCACUUUUAACCUUGGAAUAUACGAGAAAUAUGUCAGUGGAUUUUGUCGUGCUUUUUUGUUUUCUCGCUGGAUGCGUAGAAUUACUGAUGGGUGUAUUACGUUUAGGUUUCUUAGUAGAUUUUAUAUCGAUACCCGUCACAUCAGGUUUUACUUCUGCUACUUCGAUUAUUAUUAUCAUUUCACAAUUGCAAGGACUUUUAGGAUUGAAAUUUAAAGCACACAAUAUUGUUGAUAAUCUGCGAAAAAUAUUUCAAAACAUCGAAAAUGUACGAGUAGCAGAUUUAAUUCUUGGACUUUGCAGUAUAGUAUUCCUUUUAUUUUUUAGACAACUAAAAGAUAUGAAUUGUUGUUUUGGAAAUGAUAAUAGUCAAACAAAGAAAAAAAAUAACAAGAUGUAUUUGAAAAAAGUCUUAUGGUUUUUCUCCAUCUGUCGUAAUGCUUUGGUGAUUUUAUUUACUUCCACGAUAGCUUUUUAUUUCGAAAAAAUAGGAUCUUCACCAUUCAUUCUUUCAGGAAAAAUACAAUCUGGACUUCCCAAUUUCUUACCUCCAUUUUCAUCUCAUAUUGGAAAUGAAACUUAUACUUUUUGGCAAAUGACUUCUCACAUAGGAUCGGGAAUAAUUGUAUUGCCCUUGGUAUCAGUGCUGGCAAAUGUAGCUAUUGCUAAAGCAUUUGCGAGUGGUAGUAAUGUAAAUGCGACACAAGAAAUGUUAACGCUCGGUUUGUGCAAUAUAUUCGGAAGUUUUGUUUCCUCGAUGCCAGCUGCCGGAGCGUUCACCAGAAGUGCUGUCAUUUCUGCCAGCGGUGUACGAACGCCUAUGGCUGGUAUAUAUGUCGGAAUUAUGACAUUACUGGCAUUGAGCUUCUUAACACCAUAUUUUUAUUAUAUUCCACGUUCCACGCUUUCAGCAGUGUUAAUAAGCGCGGUAGUAUUCAUCAUUGACUUGAAAAUAAUAAAGCUGUUGUGGAAAGGAUGCAAAAAAGAUGCUGUUGCUGCAAUAGUAACAUUUUUAGUUUGUGUGAUGUUUGGUGUUGAAUUAGGACUUUUAAUUGGUGCUCUGUUUAGUUUGGUUUUCUUUCUUCAACCAUCUGCUAGACCAAAAAUCAAAGUGAUUCAAUGCAAGACACAACUUGGAGAUAAAUAUAUAAUACUCAAACCAGAUAGUGGACUAUUUUAUCCUGCUGCGAAUUACUUUUGUAACAAAAUGAUGAAAAUAAUUCGCAAACAUGAUGAAAAUAAUAUAUUAUUUAUUAUUGAUUGUGAAAGAAUACAAAGUAUCGAUUACACAGCAAUAAAAGGAAUCGAAUUGUUAUCUGCAAAUAUCAAUGCUGAAAAAAAAAAAUUAUGGUUCAUGAAUAUUUCUUUACACACGUUUAAUAACAUUGAAGCUUUUGCAAAUAACAAAUAUUUCUAUUUUAUUGAUGAUGAAGAUAAAAUAUCUUCCAUUUUUCAUGAUGGUAUUUUAGAUGGCACAGAAACAACGAAAGGACAAUUUUUAGAAAACAUGAAAGAACAUGGAACAUUCAUGUAUACUAACGAUAAUAAAAAAGAAUCAGAAAUACUUCCGAAAUUUGUAACAAACUCUGCAGAUGGCACAGAAGAAAUUGCAUUAAUGUUAACAUCUUCGCAAGAAACUAAACAAAAUUGAUAUAUCAUUUUUGUAGUAUUAUUAUUUCCUUAUUCUCAAUUAAUAUUUUUGAUAAGAAAUGUUAUAAAUAAUAUGAAAUAAGG